AUGAUUCAUAUUUGCCAUAGCGAAGACAAUGCGUCUUGCUUUUGUCGUUUGGAAGGUCUACCAAGAUUAUUAUUUGUCCGUACAAUAUUUUUUCGAAAUAAAAAUAAUCCUGAUCAUCCGCCAGAACCAUUUAAAAAGUCAAUUCCACCUCAUUUGGAAAAGGCGCGAGAACAAGCGUUGGAAGAUUAUGUCGACAAAGAUCCGUCGAAAGCAUCUUAUGUCAAUGUUUCAAAACCACUACCAUCAUUAGAUAUGUACAAUGUUGCAAAACGUGGUCUCCAUAUGCUCAUCUGGACAGAUCUACUCAGAGGGAUGUGGAUUGCUAUGGGAUGGCAAUUACGCGAACCAGCUACAAUCAAUUAUCCAUUUGAGAAAGGACCAUUAAGCCCAAGAUUUCGUGGAGAGCAUGCGUUAAGACGAUAUCCAUCUGGAGAAGAAAGAUGUAUUGCAUGUAAAUUAUGUGAAGCUAUUUGUCCUGCACAAGCCAUUACAAUUGAAGCUGAGGAACGUGCAGAUGGAAGUAGACGAACAACACGUUAUGACAUAGAUAUGACUAAAUGUAUUUAUUGUGGAUUUUGUCAAGAAGCUUGUCCAGUUGAUGCUAUUGUUGAAGGUCCGAAUUUUGAAUAUUCAACUGAAACUCGAGAAGAAUUAUUGUAUAAUAAAGAAAAACUACUUCAGAAUGAUCUCACUGGAAGCAUGGGAGAUACGUUUACUGAUCAAUGGCCAUCCACAUUAAAUCCGAUUGUAUUAGAAUAUUUGAAAUUAAAAAAUUUUACAAGAAUGACACCAGUACAGGCUAUAACAAUUCCACUAUUUUUACAACAUAAAGAUGUUUGUGUUGAAGCGGUGACCGGUAGUGGUAAAACAUUGGCAUUCGUCAUACCAAUUCUUGAAUUACUGUUAAAACUACCAGAAAUAAAAAAAUCUCAUAUUUAUUCUUUAAUUAUCUCACCGACCAGAGAAUUAGCCUCACAAACAUACGAAAUUAUUGAAGAUUUUAUUCAAUUUAUUCACAAUGAACAUCUAACGUGUAUCCAAAUGAUUGCUGGUUGUAAACAUGAAAUAGACGUUGAAUCGUUUCGAAAAAACGGUGGAACAAUUUGCAUAACUACACCCGGAAGAUUUGAAGAAUUAUUGAAGAUAAACCAAAAUGGCUUUAAUCUUAGUCAGAGUUUAAAAACAUUAGAAAUGUUAGUGCUAGACGAAGCGGAUCGACUAUUGGACCUUGGAUUUUUAAUGAGUUUAAAUACAAUAUUUGCUUCCUUACCAAAACAACGUCGAACAGGAUUAUUUUCUGCCACUCAAACCGAUGAAUUAGAAAAAUUAGUAAGAGCUGGUCUCAGAAAUCCUGUUCGAAUUACAGUUAAACAAAAAGGCAAUGCAGCUAAUCAACGUACACCAUCAACGUUAACAAAUUUCUAUAUGAUAUGUGAUCCAGCUGAAAAAUUAAAUCAAUUGUAUCAUUUUAUUCACAUGCAUAAAUCAUUAAAAAUGAUGAUAUUCUUCAGUACAUGUGCGUGUGUUCAAUAUUUUAGUAAAAUAUUAGAAACUCUACUCGAUAAACAAACGGUAGUUUACUCAAUUCAUCGAAAAUUACGAAAUAAACGAUCAAAUAUUAUUGAACAGUUUCGUAGUGUGAAAGAAUCAGGAAUAUUACUUUGUACAGAUAUUAUGGCUAGAGGUAUCGAUUUACCUGAUGUGGAUUGGGUUAUACAAUUUGAUGCACCAACUCAAGUUACACAGUUUGUUCACAGGUAUGCAGGUGCAUUUUUGUAUAUAUUAUUCUCUAAAAUAAAAUUAUGUUACAGACACAGUUUCAGGCAUCAUUUCGGAUAAAGGCACCUUUUGACUUCGUUCUAAAAAAUUUAUGUAAGCUGUUUCAUUCGGCAGUAACAUUAAUAAUGCAUUUCCUAAACGUCCAAGACGAGCAGUGCGACCACAUCUAAAAAAUAACCAAAACGAAGAUUUAGAUUAGAGCUGUAUUUCAAGUUCGUUAUUUGUGCAGCGACAUUUUAUGACGAAAUCAGAUUAUAAUCAAUAUUCCUCU